CAUGGAUAAGUUUGCUUUGAGCGCUCGUACGUGAAAGUCCAAGUCGAAGUCGGCGCUGCGUAUGCGCAAAAGACUCUCUGGAAUACAAUUUGAAAGCGCUGGCGUGCAACGGCUUUUUGUUUUUCCCUAAUUUUUUGUACACCUUUUUUUUUGUAAUCUCUAAGCGAUAUUUUUUUGUGGUUGUUGUGUAAGUGUGAAAAAUAGUGCAACACUCGAGCAAAGUUCAUGCAGAGCUAAGGGUUUAUUGCGCCCUUAGUUUUUUUGAAAAACAACAAACAGCAAAAGUCCAGCAACAAGAAUUUCGAACAAAUAUUUACAAGGCACUCAAAACGAGGGGUGACGAGUGGAGAGGAAGAGCUCUCGAUCAAUCAGCAUGUCCGCUGCCACACACAUGGCGCUGCCUAUUCACGCAGUCGGUUGCCCGCCACCCGGCACACCACCGGUCGUGUCCAUGGGGCCAGGCAAGCGGGGCCACAAGCGCAGCGUUUCGCUGGAGACGAAUGCCCCGCUGGCAUUACGUAGCACACCCAGCCAUCAGUCACCGUUGCUGCAGUUCUCCCAUGGACAUGGGUUCCACACGGGCACGCUCAAGUCGCGUCAGGAGCAGAGGCGCCUCAGCCAGAAGUUUGGGAGUCACAGCAAUCUGGAUGGGGAUGGGAAUGGGAAUGGGAAUGCGGAUGGUGGCCCCCACCAGCUGCAGAUGCGUUCCAAGUUCCAGAACAUCCGGCAAAUGUUUGAGCUGAGUCGAAGCUGUGUGGUCGGUGGUGGAGGAGGAGGAGGAGGAGAGGAGCAGCGGUACGCAAACGAGGAGGAGGCGCUACAGUCGCUGCCAGCAAUGCUGCUGCCACAUCAGCAGCAAUCAGUGGCACGACGGACCACACCCAUUACCGGAGGAAGUCGAUUGGCCAUUAACGAGCAGCAACAGCAGCAGCAGCAGCAACAACAGCAACAGCAACCAACAUCGAUGGGCGAGGCCAUUGAGCAGAGCACCAAUGGAGGUGUUUCGGGUUCGGUUGGAAACUAUCUGCGUCCCAUUGCCUUCAAGCCAAUACCAUUUGAGCCGGACUAUCGCAUUGCAUGCCACCAGCAGCAGCAGUUGCAGCAGCAGCAGCACCAUCUCCAGCAGCAACAACAGCAGCAACAGCAACAGUUGCAGCAGCAGCAACAACAGCAGCAAGUCGGACCGAUCGCUGGAUCGGUGGAAAGAUAUGGCUAUGGAUCCACUCCAUCGUUGGCCCCACUCCCGGCGACAGCCGUAACACAAAAGUUUGGCAGCACAACAGAUCUGCGGCAUUUGGCAGCCAGGCGGCGCAACCAUCGGGUGCUGCAGCGUGGCAGUGGCAGGAGCACCAGCCAUGAGGAUGCCAUGAAUCCUGAAUGUCUGACAGAUGGAGCCAGCAGCAAAAGCAGCGGAACAAUGGUCGGGAGUGAUCUGACGCCCUCGCCCUCGGAUUCGGGCAUCUCGGAACUGGAGGCAGCACUCAAGGACCGCGACUCGGAGCUGUCGUAUCUGCGGCAAGCCAUGGAGCACAAUGAGAAAGUAAUUUUCAAAGUACAAAAGGACAAGGAAGUCUACUGGGAGCACGAGACACAACGCCUGAGGCUCUUCUACGAGCGUGAGCAGCGCGAGUAUCAGCUGAAGCUGAAGAAAAUGGAACAGCUCCUGGCCCUGCAGCAGUUCCAGUUGAAGCAGCACAAGCUGCGGCAGCAGGAGCAGGUGCAUAAGCUGCAGCAGCAGCUGGAUGCCACACGUUGCAGCAAUCAGAACUUGAAGCAGUCCGAACAGCAGCUCCAAUCCUCGGCCAUGGGGCUGCACCAGCAGCUGGAGGACACGCGCCAGACGGUGGCCAUGCUCCGCUCCCAGCUGGAGGACAGCGAGUGGAAGGUGUGCGAGCGCAAUGGGGAGAUAGCUUUACUCAAGACCCAGCUGAAGGAGGCGCAUAUCGAAAUCAAUGUCAAGGAUCAUGCAAUUGUCAGCCUUAAGCACCACAACCAGCACAGCAACAGCAACAGCAACAGCAGCGAAAUCACAAGCCAAAGUCAACCAAAGGAGGAGCAACAGCACCAACACCAGCACCAGCACCAGCAUCAGCACCAGCUGCAGCAGCUACAGAAAAUCAUUGCGCUAAAGGAUCAGGUGAUUGGAGCACUUACCAAUGAACUGGCCAAGCUUCGAAAGGAACUCUCCGAUCUGGCCAUUGCCCAUGAGUACGGGGAGGAGCCCUGCGGCCGGUACACACGCCUCAAGCAGCAGCUGGACAAUCUCAAUGAGAUCUGUCUGAAGACGCGCAAGUACACAUCCUCUGCAGAGGCAGCAGCUCCCGUUUCCGUGCCCUUGGAGAUGGUGGUGGCUCCACCGCCCCGGCUGGAUGCCAUCAUGCAACGACUGCAGCUACAGGACCAGGGGCAGGGACAGGGACAGGGACAGGGACAGGCACAACAGCAGACGCUGGACACCCUCAUUGAAGAAUCCACCACGUAUGCCGAGGAUAUUGCCAAGCUGCGCGAGAAGCUGGACGAUUUUCGCAUCAAUCUGGAGCUGGAGAAGCGGCAGUGGUGCGCCGAAAAGGACAAGGUCUUGGGCUACCAGAAGCAGCUGCAGGCCCACUAUAUACACAUGUACCAGAAGCUGCGCUGCCUGGACAAUGCGGUGCCGGGCCCUGGAGCUAUCGCUCCGGCGGAGACAGCCACCGAUGUGAACUGAAGAUCCAUCCCCGAAAAACCGAUGGCAGUCAGCAAGUGGUGCUAUUUGUCAUUGCACUGCAAUUCGCUUGCUCCAGGAGUAACCGAACGCCAGUGAUGCUUUCUAGUUCUUCCUUAAAAAUAUUCUAGUUUCGCUCUUGCACUCUGCGGCAUCCAUUGAGGCCCCCUCCCGAGAGGACACUGACCUUUUUUAGAUUUCUAAAGUACAUACUGGGAAUAUUAUAGAUAAAUAGCAGAAAUAUGACUUCCACGCCUCUCCCAUAAACGCAAUCAAUUAUCGCUACAAGCCGAAAGAUCCGAUAAACCAUAAACGAUGAUGCAU